AUGGCGGCGCGGGCGGGCUCGCUGGUGGCGGCCGUGCUGGCUCACUCGGGCCGGCUGGACAAGGAGCACCUGGGCACCCGCGUCGGGAGGCUGUCCCGCCGCGUCGAGGAGCUCAAGGGAGAAGUCUGCAACAUGAUAAACAAGAAGUACAACGAGUUCCUGCCCAGCAUGCAGAGUGCAGAGGAGCUGGUGGCACAGGUGGACGGGCUGUCCAGCAACAUUGACCUGCUCAGGGCGAGCAUCGAGAACGAGGUCCAGCAAGAUCUGAAUGUGGCUGUUGCUGAAUUUGCAGAGCUGAAGCAGCAGCUGGAGAGGGACACACUGGUCCUGAGUGUCCUGAAAAAGCUGCAGGAGUUUGACAGAGCCAUUAAAGAGCACAAGACUGCCUUGCUGGAGAAGAAGUACGUUGCAGCAGCUCAGCAACUGGAAAAGGCACGGAGCAGCCUCAGGAACCUGGAAUCCCGCAAGGGCUUCGAGCUGAAGAUCCUGAGGGCGCUCGGCACGGAGCUCACGGUGCAGACACAGAACAUGCUCUGCCACCUCGGGGAAGAGUGGCAGAAGCUCAUUGUGUGGCAGCUCCCUCCUUCCAAAGAAAGCAGCCUGGAGGCAGUGGUGCACUCAGAGCUGCACUUACACACGAUGCCAUCCAAGGAGGAGGAGGUUGCUGGCCCACCCGUGGCGUCCGUGCUCCAGGCCUUGGCUGUCCUGGGAGAGCUGCACACCAGGCUGAAAGCUUUUGGCCAGUUGUUGCUGAAGUACAUCCUGAAGCCGGUGAUUUCAUACCCAUCUCUGCAGCCACUCCCCGAGGAACGGCCUGACGUGCUCAUCCUGAGGUUUAAAUCCGAGGAGCCUGUCUUGGAUCACUCCUCUCCCAUGGAGGUUUUUGACAAGAUCAAGCUUAUUUUCGAAGUUCUCCACAAAUAUCUGCUAAAUGUGCCUCUUGAGCAGCCUGGGGAGGACAGGAAGGAUGGCAGAGUGACACUGGCAGAGCUGCUGGGUGAGCUGAUCUGGGAAGAGCUCUCCAACUGCCUCGUUCAGAACUGCCUGGUGAACUCCAUCCCAACCAACAGCAGCAAACUAGAGCAGUACACAGAGGUGAUUAAAUCCACAGAGGAAUUUGAAAAGGCAUUGAAGAACAUGCAGUUUUUGAAAGGAGACACGACUGACCUACUGAAAUACGCCCGUAACGUCAACUCCCACUUUGCCAGCAAGAAGUGCCAGGAUGUGAUUGCAGCAGCCAGAAACCUGAUGACCUCAGAAAUCCACAACACUGUAAAGAUCACACCUGACUCCUGUGUAACCCUCCCACAGCUUCCUGACCCUGGGUCAGGAGACCACUCGAAAAUGCAAAAGUCCCCCAGCCUUCUGCACAAUGGCACGGUGAACUUGGAGGGUGAGACCAGACUGAGCCAGUACACCUUCUGCCUGCCCACGUGCCGGAUCAGCUCCUCCGUGGAGCAGCUCAUGGAGCUGGUUUAUCAGACGCUCCUGGAGGCCACAGUCAGCACAGACCAGUGCUGUGUGCAGCUCUUCUACUCGGUGAGGAGAAUCUUCCAGCUGUUCUAUGAAGUGGUGCCAACAUACCACAAGGAGAGCCUGCAGAAGUUCCCCCAGCUGGCAGCCAUCCACCACAACAACUGCAUGUACCUCGCCCACCACCUGCUCACCCUGGGCCACCAGUUCCGCUACCGCACCACCAACAUCCUGAGCAACGGGGCAGCCUCCUUUGUGGACCUGGUGCCUGCCUUCAGGAGGCUGGGGAUGGAGUGUUUUAAGGCCCAGAUGCGAGUGCAGAAGGGGGAAAUCCUGGAGAGGCUCUCAAGUGCCAGGAAUUUUUCUAACAUGGAUGAUGAGGAGAAUUUCCGUGCAGCAAACAAAGCAAUAAGGCAGGUAUUGCAUCAGCUGAAGAGGCUGGGCCAGGUCUGGCAGGAUGUCUUUCCAGUGAACGUGUACUGCAAGGCCAUGGGGACCUUACUGAACACAGCCCUGACAGAGAUUGUCACCAGGAUUGUUGCCCUGGAGGAUAUCUCUGCAGAGGAUGCAGACAGGCUGUACUCACUCUGUAGGAUCAUGGUGGAGGAGGGACCCCAAGUCUUCACCCCUCUACCUGAAGAAGAGAAGAACAAGAAGUACCAAGAGGAAGUUCCAGUCUACGUGGAGAAGUGGAUGACAUUCAAAGAGCUGAUGAUCAUUCUGCAAGCCAACCUCCAGGAAAUAGUGGAUCAGUGGGCAGAUGGGAAGGGCCCUCUGGCAGCCGAAUUCUCAGCAGCUGAAGUGAAGAGUCUGAUCCGAGCCCUGUUCCAGAACACAGAAAGGAGAGCAGCAGCACUGGCCAAAAUCAAGUGACCCCACGUUUACACCUGCACUUUGCAUCUUCUGAUAAAAGCGAGAGCAAACUGAGACUUUCAAAUA